AACACACAAAAUUCCGAAGGCCGAAGCAUACAUGGACGAAUUCUGACACAUUUCAGAACUGGCAACGCAGCGAUGAAGCAAUUUCCCUUCCUCUUCAUCCUUCCUUCUCUCUAGCUGCAGGCAUAAAAAUAUUGCGAAAAGAAUCCCACUAUCUCAUGGCAUAUCAACGAGGAGAGAGAGGCAGCAGGGGGAACAAUUCCACUAAGGCCAUCCACAAGGCAUUCGCUCUCCCCCUUCCGCUCGAGACAUCCAGUAGCUCCUCCAGAGCUGUUGCCUCUCUCGCCCCCUUGUUCAUAAGCACAACGCGUAAGAAUUGUUGCUGAGGAGCGGUAAUUGUGAUCUUUGCAUGCAUGGAUGCAGCGGCGCACUGGCACCAGGGGCUAGGGCUAGUGAAGCCCAUGGAGGAGAUGCUGAUGGCUGGAAACACAAAUCCUAACCGGAAUCCGAAUCCACCACCUGCCGCGCCUUCUGCUCCUGGCGCCCAGAGGGCUGGCGCUCCGGCAGCAGCUGCGGCAGCGCCUGGCGCUGGCGCGACCGCAGGUGCUGGGGCGGGCACGGAGCGGCGGGCGCGGCCGCAGAAGGAGAAGGCGCUCAACUGCCCACGGUGCAACUCCACAAACACCAAGUUCUGCUACUACAACAACUACAGCCUGCAGCAGCCGCGCUACUUCUGCAAGACGUGCCGCCGCUACUGGACCGAGGGUGGCUCGCUCCGCAACGUCCCGGUGGGCGGCGGCUCGAGGAAGAACAAGCGCUCGUCCUCGUCCGCGGCCGCGGCCGCGGCUGCCGCUUCCACCUCCGCAGCGGUGUCCGGCACGGUUUCCGUAGGGCUCGCGGCCAAGAACCCGAAGCUGAUGCACGAAGGCGCGCACGACCUCAACCUGGCGUUCCCGCAACACCACGGCCGCGGCCUGCAGCAGCCAGAUUUCCCGGCGUUCCCGAGCCUGGAGAGCAGCAGCGUGUGCAACCCCGGAGCGACCAUGGCGGGCAACGGCGCCGGUGGCAGGGGCAUGGGAGCGUUCUCGGCGAUGGAGCUGCUGAGGAGCACCGGCUGCUACGUUCCACUGCAGCAUGUGCAACUAGGGAUGCCCGCAGAGUACGCUGCCGCGGGAUUCGCGCUGGGUGAGUUCCGCAUUCCCCCGCCGCCGCAGUCUCAGAGCUUGCUCGGGUUCUCACUGGACACGCACGGCACGGGGGGAGUUGGCGGCGCCGGGGGUUACAGCGCCGGUUUUCAAGGGGUGCAGGAGAGCGCAGCUGGCAGGCUGCUCUUCCCCUUUGAGGACUUGAAGCCGGCGGUGAGCGCGGCUGGAGGCGGAAACACCGGAGCUGAUCAGUAUGAGCACAGCAAGGAUCAAGGAGGCAACGGCGGCGGGGCCAGCGGCGUCACCGGUGGCCAUGAAACUCCGGGGUUCUGGAGCAAUAGCAUGAUCGGGAAUGGCAGCAGCAAUGGCGGCGGCGGUCCUUGGUAACGCCGCGCGCGCCAUGCAUGGCUCAUGCACGCGCCGUUGUCAGCAUGCGAUAGGGAUAGAGACAAUGAGUUAAUAAGAGGUGGAGGUGAUUAGUGUUUACAUAUGGCCUUUGAUCUCUCUCUGGUUUUUUUCCCGGUUUCUUGGUGUUGUUCAUGUGUGUGGCGAUCAACUUGGGGGCUAACACAGCAGGAUAUACAGAUUAUUAAGGGUGGUAAACUGCCAAUUUACAGCUUUGGUCUCUUCGCCAAUCGAUCUCUCAUUUCUGAUCGUGUAAUCCAAGGAGCUAGCUGUUAAUCAUGUCAAUGUUGUUCAUGUAGAGUAUGCACUUAAACUUCGUUCCUUUUUUAUUGCA